AUGGAUGGAUCAGUGACGUCGCUUGCUCCUGGGUUUCGUUUUCACCCAACGGACGAAGAACUCGUCCGUUACUACCUGAAACGCAAGAUCUGCAAUAAACCCUUCAAAUUCGAUGCUAUCUCUGUUACCGAUGUCUACAAAUCCGAGCCGUGGGAUCUCCCUGACAAGUCGAAGCUGAAAAGCAGAGACUUGGAGUGGUACUUCUUCAGUGUGCUUGACAAGAAGUAUUCAAACGGAUCGAAGACGAACCGCGCGACCGAGAACGGAUACUGGAAGACGACAGGGAAAGAUCGAGAGAUUCGUAAUGGGUCAAGAGUCGUAGGGAUGAAGAAGACUCUCGUUUACCACAGAGGUCGAGCUCCACGUGGCGAAAGAACCAACUGGGUUAUGCAUGAGUAUCGUUUGCUCGACCAAGACCUCGAAAAGACCCGUGUUCAACAAGAUGCGUAUGUGCUUUGUAGGAUAUUCCAGAAGAGUGGCUCAGGUCCUAAAAAUGGAGAGCAGUACGGUGCUCCGUUUGUGGAGGAGGAGUGGGAAGAGGAGGACGAUAUUAGCUUCGUACCUGAUCAAGAUCUUGGAUGUGAAGAUCAUGUUUAUUUCGAUAUUGAUGACAUUGAUGAUCAGAAGCCUGAGAGUCUUGUGGUCUAUGAUGCCAUUCCUAUUCCGGUGAACUUUUAUCACGGGGAAGCCAGCAAUAAUAUUGAAACAAACUACUCAGACUCUAGGAACUAUGAGGAAGAUCAGAAGCCUAUCAUCCGUGAUGAUGCAUUGUUUCAAGAUGAAGAAAAUGGUUGUGGUGUGAAGGAAGAGAGCAGGACCAAUUUACAAUUUUCUGACAACAUAUUUGAGACUGGUUUUCCUGUUGAGAGAAACUACUUUAGCGGUGAGGCGUUUCUGGAUCAGAACAGUAAUUUUGUGCAGAACGAUGGUUUGUAUCUCGAAACGAAUGAUCUCAGCAAUGCUCAGCAAGAUAGUUUCGACUUUGAAGAUUAUCUUACCUUCUUUGAUGAGGGAGAUGAGGAUGCUCAAAACUUGACUUUUGAUCCUUCUCUCUUUAUGGGGACUGAAGAUGUUAUUACUGAUCAAGAAGAGCUAUUUCUUAAGGCUGAGACUGAGGAAUUGGAGAAAGGGGAGACUUCAGGAGGCAAACAAGUGGUGGAAGAAAAGGAAACGGAUGAAGCAUCUUGUUCUACUAAACAAGUUGAUGCAGAUGCAACAGAGUUUGAGCCAGAUAACAAGUACCCGUUCCUCAAGAAGGCGAGCCAUAUGUUAGGUGCUAUUCCGGCUCCGGCUGCGUUUGCUUCUGAGUUCCCCACUAAAGAUGCAGCUAUACGUUUCCACGCAGCACGACCUUCAGGUUCGGUUCAUGUAACAGCUGGUAUGAUCACAAUAUCUGACGGCAACAUGGGCUGGUCAUACGGCAAAAACGAGAGCCUUGACUUAAUCCUUUCUUUUGGGUUGGUCCAAGGGAAUGAGAAACCAGGAAAUAGUUUAACAAGGACAAUGUUAAUGUUCAUGUGUUUAUGGGUCCUCUUACUCUCAGUUAGUUUCAAAGUAAGCACUUUGGUCUCUUCCCGAUGA